UUCUGGGAGUUGAAGUCCACAUGCCUUAAAAUGGUCAAGGUUGAGAAACACUGCCCUGUUGGGACCUCCUGACAAGGAAAGUCAGCAAGGAAGCCCGACUCACUUAACAGCCAAGUUACUAACUUAAGCCAGCCACUAAAUUGGAGUCUUCCUACCAGCUGCUCUAUCUCUUCCGGCUUAAGGCAUUCCUUACAGGCAAGAUGGAUCUCUUUCUUUUUUGUGAUCUAUCGCUUUCUGAAAUUCUGUGGGGAUGCUCCCUCUUUUGUGCGUGAUCUUUUUUCGAAAGCUAGCUGCAUGUCUUCAACCGGCUGUUUUUCAAACGUGGCCACUUUUAAGAGGCCUGGACUUCAACUGCCAGAAGUCCAUAUGUCAGUAAAGUUGCCAAGUUUGAAAAACAACGAGGUCUUCAACCUUUUUGGAGAGGCAGCUGUAGGGCAAACCAGAAAGGUUCCAGGAAAUGCAGUUUAUACUGCAACUUUUCUGUUGCAGGACUUUCCUUCAUAAAUUAUAAGGUGCAUCUAAGAGGAGCUGCUGGUGUCUAAUCCCCACUUCGAAUUUGUUCCUAUUAUUUAUGCAGCUGUCACUUCCAACCCAUGAAAGAGUCUCAAAAGUCCCACCUACAUAUAAAAGCAAUCUUCUACGCUUUUAUAUCUAUGGCAAUCGGGAGGGGCGGCGCUCAAUUGCGCAAGCGCAGUAAGAGACCUCCCGAAAGAGGCGUUGAGUUUUAGCGCACCGUCGCAUAGAGCUAUUCCCCAAGAGCGGCGCAAAUUAAGGGUCUUCAUUUUCCCCUAAGGAAGCCCAAUAUCCGCGUGGAAUCCCCCCCCGUUCGGUCUUCAUUCCCCUUAGGGAACCCCAAUAUCCGCGGGGAAUCCACCCCUCCUUUCGUGUUGAGGACUGCAGGCUUUCUGCAGCUCGCUGUAUUUUGUAGGAAAACCUCUCACCCUAGCGGGGCUACUGCGCAUGCUCCGAAGCAGCCGGGCGAGAGCUCGCGCGCCGGAAGCAGGAAAGGGCGUGUCCGAGCUUCGCGCAGGCGCGUCGGCGCGUUCGACCCUUCCCUCCCUUCCGCUCGGGAAUCGCGUCGCUCUCGCGGGCGCCAUUUUGUGGGGCCGCGUCGUCUGGCUUUUUUCUUUUCCUCCGGGUCUCCUCGGGACGGGCGGACCCGAUGCAGCCGGGCGUGAAGGUGUUCGUGGGCAACGUGCCCGAGGAGGCGUCGCAGGUGGAGCUGCGCGACCUCUUCGAGGCGGCCGUGCCGGGCGAGGUGGUGAAGGUGGUCCUCAAGGAACAGUACGCCUUCGUCCACCUGCGCAACGAGGCGGCGGCCGAGCGCGCCAUCCAGAAGCUCAACGGGCACCUCCUGCACUACCGCCGCGUGUUCCUCGAGUUCUCCCGCCCGAGGCCCACGCACACCGUCAAGAUCUUCGUGGGCAACGUCUCGGCCACCUGCACCAGCGGCGAGCUGCGCGUCCUCUUCCAGGAGUUCGGGCCCGUCAUCGAGUGCGACAUCGUGAAAGACUACGCGUUCGUGCACAUGGAGAAAGACGAGGAUGCUCGAACCGCCAUUGAACACCUGAACGGAAGAGAAAUCAAAGGCAAAAGGAUCAACGUGGAACUUUCCAACAAAGCUCACAAGAGGGGGGUUGCCGGCUAUAUCGGCCAGUUUGGCGGAGAUGAGAAGAACAAAAUCCCAACCUUAGAGAACAUGCAGGCCAGGAACGACGGCGUGAGAUCCGGUAACCUUGCCUUCCCAAUGGGCAAUCCGGCGUAUUCUUCCGCUGACUACGAUUACCAGCAGCGGAUGAACAACAACAAUUUAAGCAAGUUCGACUCGAACGGCCAAGCCAGGCAGAUCUCCCCGUCUUUCUUCAGAAGGGACCGGAGCCCGCUAAGACGCUCGCCCACAAGAGCGGGCUACGCGCUUCCCAUGACUGGCCAGCAGGCUUCCUACAGAGAUCAGCCUGCAGCAUCCCUUGGGAUGGCCUACAGGCCUCAGCCUACCACUGGGCAAGCAGCCAUGUACAGAGCCCAGCCCUCGACUAUGCUGGGAAAUGCAUACAGAGGCCAGUCCUCUGUUGCCAUGGGACCCUCCAAUUCUCAGACAGGCGCGGCCGCCUCGGCAUUAACCUCCUAUAAUGCUCAAGCCUAUGGAACCCAGGCCGCCGCUUCCCAAGUUGCCACUUACGAAGCCCAGCCCUCCACAUCGUACGCUGCUGCUUACGGGGCCCAGACCGCUGCCUCCUACCCAGCUUCCUACGGGGCCCAAGCAACUGCCCUCUCCGCCUCUUACGGAGCCCAGGCGGCGGCCGGCCAGUCCGCCUUGUACGCAGCCCACACCCUCUCGGCCCAGCCUGCUUCCUACGGAGUCCAGCCCGCCGUUGGCCACGCUGCUUCCUACGGGGCUCAGGCGUCAUCUGCUUACGGGACCCAGUCUGCAGCCAGCCUGGCGGCAGCCUAUAGCAUGCAGGAUGCUGCGGCUGCCGCAGCCGCUUACAAAACGCAGCUGUCCGCUUCGCUGCCCGCAGCCUAUGCAGUCCAGCAGUCUGCUUCGGCCCCCGUAGCCGCAGGGUAUAGGUCUCAGGCUUCGGCAUACAAUGGGCAGCAGGCAGCUUCCUACGCGGGAAUGUCCCAGGCGGAAACUGCCGCUCUCCACCCACUGUACGAACGGACACGUCUCUCCCCGCCACGUGGCAGCCGUGAGGAUCUCUACAGGAAAGCAGCUGCAAUGAACAAGAGGUACAGUUCUGAUCUCUCAGAUGACCGCCGUUUAUCUGACUUCUCUGAUUUCCGCCGCUUAUCCGACUCCCCCCAUGCGUACCGCCACUCGCCAACAAAGGCUCAACUGGACUAUCGCCGCCUUCCCGAAAUGCAGUCUGAUGCCCGUUACGCAGGUGCCUAUGGCGAUUACUUGCGUAACGCACAACUGCAGCUGCAUGCUAGUUACCAGCGCCGCAUGUAGACGAAAUUCCCCGUCUUCUGGGGUGGGACUCUCGUUGCCAUGGCCUCCGCCGUCGUAACCCGUAGAGCAUAAUUCCAGCCACUGCGUCCUUAGGGAGCAGUUUGAUUUCAGAACAUCCUUUUAGACCUGAACCUUUCUCGAUCAUGGGUGCCCUAGCUCACUUUAGUUCUUAACAUUUCUUUUUCUUUUUGUUGUUCUUCCUUACGCCAUGUAACGGGUGCGAUAUUUACCUUAGGCAGCUAGGUGAGUCCUAUACGCUGCCCCACGAUGAACGAUUUUCUGGGGGGAAAAAAAAUCUUUUGAGUGAUUCCCUUAAACUUACCGUUAGGGCAUUCUUUUCAGCCUCAGUAGCCUAGUACAUUGGUGCACCCUGGACCUCUUAAAACCAAAGUAUGGUGUGCGGGCUGGUUGUUUGGCACAAAGAACAACGUCCACUUCAGUUUCCUUGGUCUGGCCUUUCUAGAGAUCGCCCCAAUGAGAGAGAAAAAAAAUUCCACCUAGUCACCUUCAUUUUAAUGAGGAGAGAAUCACCUUUUCAAAUCAGCUCAGUUGCUUUUUAUUGUAACGGCAUCCUUCAUUGAUUUAUGACAGUCUAUGCUGUGCGAGUAACCCUUAUGUUAGAAGUGAGUUUAGAUCCUUUUUUUUUUUCUUUCUUUUUUUGGUAUUACUGUAAAUAAAACGGGCUCACUGACAUUUUAGACCA